AUGGGCGCUGGUGGCCCCCGCCGGGGCGCAGGCCCCCCGGAUGGUGGCUGGGGCUGGGUGGUGCUGGGCGCCUGCUUCGUGGUCACAGGCUUCGCCUACGCCUUCCCCAAGGCUGUGAGCGUCUUCUUCCGUGCACUCAAGCAGGACUUUGGUGCCGGCUACAGUGACACGGCCUGGGUGUCCUCCAUCAUGCUGGCCAUGCUCUAUGGCACAGGCCCCGUGUCCAGCAUCCUCGUGACCCGCUUUGGCUGCCGCCCGGUGAUGCUAGUGGGCGGGCUGUUGGCCUCGGCGGGCAUGGUCCUGGCUUCCUUCUCCACGCGCCUCGUGGAGCUGUACCUAUCGGCGGGCGUGCUCACAGGCCUUGGCCUGGCCCUCAACUUCCAGCCAUCGCUCAUCAUGCUGGGACUGUACUUCGAGAGGCGGCGGCCUCUGGCCAACGGGCUGGCGGCGGCGGGCAGCCCGGUGUUCUUGUCGGCGCUGUCGCCGCUUGGCCAGCUGCUGCUGGAGCGCUUCGGCUGGCGCGGUGGCUUUCUGCUGCUGGGCGGCCUCCUGCUGCACUGCUGUGCGUGUGGCGCUGUCAUGCGGCCGCCGCCUGGGCCUGGCGCCCCGCCACCGCCACCACCCUCUAGCGGCCGGCAACGCCGGCGCCUGCUGGACGUGACCGUGUGCGCCGACCGUGCCUUUGUCGUAUACGUGGUCACCAAGUUCCUGAUGGCGCUCGGCCUUUUCGUGCCCGCCAUCCUGCUGGUGAACUAUGCUAAGGAUGCGGGUGUGCCUGACGCCGAAGCUGCCUUCCUGCUGUCCAUCGUGGGCUUUGUGGACAUCGUGGCGCGCCCGGCAUGUGGUGCACUGGCAGGGCUGCCGCGUCUGCGGCCACACGUGCCUUACCUCUUCAGCCUGGCACUGCUGGCCAACGGGCUCACAGAUCUGUGCAGUGCACGUGCCCGCUCCUACAGUGCCCUGGUGGCCUUCUGCGUGGCCUUCGGCCUUUCCUAUGGCAUGGUGGGUGCACUGCAGUUUGAGGUGCUUAUGGCCACAGUGGGUGCUCCCCGCUUCCCCAGUGCGCUGGGCCUGGUGCUGCUCGUGGAGGCUGUGGCUGUGCUCAUCGGACCGCCUUCUGCAGGCCGCCUGGUGGAUGUACUCAAGAACUACGAGCUCAUCUUCUACCUGGCCGGCUCCGAGGUGGCCCUGGCCGGCAUCUUCAUGGCUGUGGCCACCAAGUGCUGCCUACGCCGUCACCCCAGUGGCUCCCAGGAUGCCCCCUCGGGCCCGGGCUCUGAGGGUGAAGCCAGUGACACCGAGGAGGCAGAGGCGGAAGUGGAUGUGGACUCGGAGCCCCCUAUGGUCAGUCCAGAGCCGCCCUGCAGCCUUGAGACCCUGGAGGAGGCAAGCGCUGGGACCGGGGAGCCCAAGGCAGAGGCAGAAGGUGGGCCAGAGUCUGGGUCUGUGUAG